AAGCCAAUGUACCGAGCAACUUGGAACUCUGCUAACUUCUAAACAGAGUACUUCCCAGUUAGAAUUAGUAUCACUGGAAUACUUGAACAUUUUAGACUUUCUCACGGUAUUAACUCUACAAGUUAUAAUAAACAGAGACAACCUCAAAAGUUUCAGACUUUUACUCUUCUAAUUCUGAGUCUGGGGUUAUCAUCCUGAUAUAAAUUGCCCGAAGCUAAUAUACUAGUGAUCCUGAUGAAAUUGGAAGCAUGGACAACAGACCGGGUCUCAUGUUCAGGGUCAGAUGCUCAUUAAUUACCAUGUUUUGGUCAUUAAUUAGAGCAUUAGGACUGGGAAUAUAUACAUGCAUGGUUUUGCAUUCCUAUAUAUAAAAAUAAAAUAAUAAACUCAGGAUUCAGCUUCGGGACUCAGGAGUACCUUACAUUAUGGGCUAAUCCUAUUUGGGGAUAAUCGACAAACACAAAGCAAGAGAUGUGGUUUAUAUCUUACUCGCAGCUGCAUAGACAUGGGAUGAGGAUGAAUCAAUGGGCUGACCACACCACACAUGUCUACCACAUGUAAUGUACUCCAAAUAUUUCAAAACACUAGUAAUACAUUCACUGCCCUCUAUGUUCCAAAUUCUAGUUAGUCCCCAAACAUGGCCCAUUCUAUGCCCAUAACCAACAGCCAUGUGGGACCCAUGACCCACAUGGAUAUGUUCCCCUUCCAAUCCUUCAACCUUUCCUAACCUUUGCCCUUCUCGACCAACCCAGCCAACGGUCCUGAUUUCCCUCUGAAAACUCAUCUGAACCGUUCCCACUUUUUUUAGAAAACAAAAAAAUAAAGAAACAGAACCACUUAAAGAAAAAGGUGAAUAUAUAAAUAGAUUUCUUGUGAGUUUUGUCCAUAUGGGCGGCUGUGCUUGUCCCAGUCUUGUCCCCUGACUGCAUGGACAAGGUGCCUCAAAUGUGCCGCUAUUGCUACCGACAGCUUUAGCUUGCCUUUGUCCAUAAUUCAUGCGUUCGUUUGAGUUAGGAGGCACUCACAAGCCAAAUUCUCCUCUUCCAGCUCCUACCUUUCUCCUUCUUAUUAUUCCACGACUCACCAUAGAUACUACCAAGUCUAUAAAAUACACUCCUCCCCAUUCACGCCUCACCAGAAGAAAACAAACACAUCUUUCCUCCAUCCCUCCUCUGCAAACCAAAACAGAACCCAAAAGAAAAAAAAGGACCUAAACCAUAGUUAUACUCUAUCGGAAGAAUUCUGAUUCUUACACAGCGACUUGCUAAGUCAGUUGAGAAGAAAUGGAAGGUGGUGUAGCAUAUCAGAACGGCUUGAACCUCAAGGCAACCGAGCUUACGCUUGGAUUGCCAGGGUCAGGAGAAACCGAAGGGCACGGUGGUGUUAGAAACAAUAACAAGCGACCUAUGCCUACUCCUGAGAUGAAUGAAGAAGAGAGCCAAGCCCAUAAGGCUGCAGACAGAGGAAGUACUGCCCCUGCUGCCAAGGCACAGAUUGUUGGGUGGCCGCCAAUCAGAUCUUACAGAAAGAACAGCUUGCAGGCAAAGAACAGUGAAGGUGAAGCUAGUGGGAUGUACGUGAAAGUAAGCAUGGAUGGUGCACCGUAUCUAAGGAAGAUUGAUCUUAAGGUGUACAGAGACUACCCUGAACUCCUUAAAGCAUUGGAAGCCAUGUUCAAGUUUGCUGCCGGUGUCUACUCUGAAAGAGAAGGCUACAAAGGAUCUGAGUACGUACCAACUUAUGAAGAUAAAGAUGGGGACUGGAUGCUUGUUGGAGAUGUGCCAUGGGACAUGUUCAUGUCAUCCUGUAAAAGGCUGCGAAUCAUGAAAGGAUCGGAAGCAAGAGGGUUGGGUUGUGGUGUUUGAAAAAUUCCCAGUCCAGCAGUAACCACAGCAUAGCAAACCCACAGGAAGAGAAAGGGCAAGAUAUGCAUUUCUUACCCAAGGAAGUCUUAUAGAGAGCUCUUUCAGCCUGGCCUGGUUUAGCCAUGACAGGGAAGUCGUCAAAAUUCUAACCCCCAUCCCCGCCGGGAGCUGCUAGAUCUCUGCAGUUGCACAAAGUAUCAGAAAAACUUGAGGCAUCAGUGUGAAAUUGGAAGUUGCGGUUUCUUCUUUAAGGGUAUGUAAGAAAGGGGGAAAACAAGCUAAGAUUUACAGAUGGUGGUGGUUUUGGGCACCCCUGUACGUGGGUGCUAUUUUGUGAUGUGUGUUCAUGAAAGUUCUGAAAUUUCACAUGUGAAGCUGUUUUUUGCUUCAGUUACUUUAGAUGCAGAUCGUGUAAAUCAGUAUGUGAAUAGGAAAGAAAGAAACACAAGAACGCCAACAAGUUUCUUGGUUAUGAGAUACACACGGCCUUACAAAUUCAAUACACCACUGUUUGUUAUGAUUUUCCAGGCAGAUCUUUAACUUUUUAUAUAUUGUCCACUUCCACCUUGUAAAUCCAUGCGAGUUUCUUGCUUCUGACUUUUGAGGAAUUGGUGCACAUAAGGAAACUAAACUAUACCAGACAGCUAGCACAUAAACGCCAACCGAAGUUUUUCAGGGUUUAACUGCCACUACAUAAUUACAAUCAUUCAACAAACAUACCAGACAGCUAGCAACAACUAAUUAACAUCAAGAGGAAAGAAAGAAAGGAAAGUCGCACCACAAGUUACUUGGUUUUAGAUGGUUCAUAAGUUCCUUCUUUGAAGCAAGAAAGGAGAUAGAUGGGAGACUUCACGCAACUGUAGAAGCAUGAUGAUUCUACACUUCAAAUUAUGGGAAAUAAAUUCAAAACCUUAACAUAACACAUCUGUUUGUUCAUUGAUCGACAGUUCAACUGGGUAACCAUUUCAGAAGCAGGUAAUGAACUUACACAGAAAUGAAGGUACUCUAUUGUCUUCUAUGUUAAUCUCUCUCUUUCUAUUCCCUCCAGCGUUUAAGAUCAUAGAAUUAUUCAAGAUCCCAUUUUCAGAAAGAAUUACAGUAUCACUUCUGGUCUGCUGUCAUGACAUAAAUAUUCAAACAAUUCUAAGUCAUCCAGCAAGUUACUACAUGGUUUUCAGAGUUUUCCCACAGGGCUCUGUCAGUCAGGGGAGGCUUGAAUUUCAGAACGGGAUGUGAUGUGAAAUGUCAGUGAGUGAGUAGGAGAGCAAGAAAGUACUUGCUGGUUAUUUCAUCAGAAAGGUAAAUGGGAAAGUAGCAGUAACUGUUUUACUUUUUUAACUUUCUUCAAAUCUCAGGUGGUAAAAAGUUGAGUAUUCAAGUAUAGUAUUCACAUUUCACAUCUUUUGCCACUUAUUUGUUGGUUUUCUUUAGCGUAGCAUAAAUCCACAAGCAAGUAACUCCAUGUUGGGAAAGGUGAAGGCCAAAAGAAUGCACAUUGCCCAGGAAAAAUUAUAAAAUACAGUGUUCUGGGAAAAGAGAAAGGAGAGACUGAACUUUUUCUGGUUACUCCAUAGUCAAUAGCAAAGAAGAAACAACAAACCCGUAGAUUUCUUGCACGGACCACUUCAACCAAACCCAAAAGGAUAAAGUUCAGAACUCUGUUCUUUGUACCAGGGUUUGGUUCGGACCUCUUCUAUGGUAUAAAGAUUAUUAAAACAA